AUGUCCACGCUGUCGCGACGCAACUGGAAGAGGCGCUGGUUUGUCCUGAGAGAGUCCAAGCUGAUGUAUUUUGAGAAUGACAGUGAGGAGCGGCUGAGGGGAACCAUUGACAUUCGAGCAGCCAAAGCCAUCAUUGAUAUACAUGAGAAGGAGAAUGCUUUGGAUGUUGUGACGGAAGAGAGGACCUAUCACAUUGUGGCGGAGACUCCAGAAGAUGCAAGUGGCUGGUUCAAUGUUCUGAGCCGAGUUCACACGGCGACCGCCCAACAGCUGCGAGAUAUGAGGGAUGAGCAAGCCAACCCCAAGAAUGCUGUGGGAACGCUGGACGUCGGGCUCAUUGAUUCUGUCUGCGCAUCAGACUGUCCGGACAGACCCAACUCCUUUGUGAUAAUCACUGCAAACCGCGUCAUUCACUGCAACACGGACAUCGCAGAGGAGAUGCACCAUUGGAUCUCAUUGCUGCAGAAACCGCGUGGAGAGGCCAAGGUGGACGGCCAAGAGUUCCUUGUCAGAGGUUGGCUGCAUAAAGAAGUCCAGAACAGCAACAAAAUGGCCUCUUUGAAGCUAAAACGGCGCUGGUUUGUGCUGACCCGAAAUGCUCUGGAUUACUACAAAACAUCGGAGAGGACGGCCUCAAAGCUCGGCACGUUGGUUCUGAACAGCCUGUGUUCUGUGGUGCAGGCGGAUGAGAAGACGCACACUGAAACCGGAUAUUGGAAUAUUGUAGUCUAUGGAAGGAAACACUCAUACAGACUCUACACCAAGCUGCUGAAUGAAGCCAUGAGAUGGGCGAACGCCAUUCAGGGAGUGAUUGAUAGUAAAGCCCCCAUAGAGACCCCAACACAGCAGCUCAUCCGAGACAUCAAGGAGAACAGCCUGAACAGUGAAGCUGUAGAGCAGACCUACAGGAGGAACCCCAUCCUGAGAUAUACCCAGCAUCCCCUGCACUCCCCUCUGCUUCCACUGCCCUAUGGAGACGUCAGCCUCAGUUUACAAAAAGAGAAGGGAUACACCACUCUUCAGGACGAGGCGGUGAGGAUCUUUAACUCUCUGCAGGAAAUAGAGACAGUUCCUGAUCCUGUCCCCAUAAUCCAAGGCAUCCUGCAGACCUGCCAGGAUCUCAAGCCACUCAGAGACGAAGUUUAUUGUCAGCUGAUCAAACAGACCAAUCACGUCCCCCAGCCCAACAGCACUGGUAACCUGCGGCACUGGCAGCUGCUCACCUCCAUGAGCUGCACUUUCCUGCCUGGCCGGGACAUCCUGCGCUACCUCAAGUUUCAUCUUAAGAGGGUGAGGGACAGCUUCCCUGGCAUGGAGGUCGAGCAGUUUGCACAUUUCAUCGUUGAUGCUCUGAAGAAAACCAAAUGCAGGGAGAUGGUGCCGUCCCAGGAGGAGAUCUCCGCUCUGCUGACACGCAGCAACAUGAACACCACCGUUUACUGCCAUGGAGGAGGGUCCUGCCAGAUCAGUAUCAAUUCCCACACCACUGCCGGGGAGGUGGUGGAGAAGUUAAUCCGCGGCCUUUCCAUGGAUAACAGCAGAAACAUGUUUGCCCUUUUUGAACACAACAAAGUUAUAGACCGAGCGGUGGAGAGCCGUGUGAUUGUAGCCGACGUCCUUGCGAAAUUUGAAAGACUGGCCAGCACCGGAGAGGAGGAGGACGAGACUGUCCAGUGGAAUCUGUACUUCAAACUCUACUGUUUCCUUGAUGUG